GACGGGAUCGUCUACAUUUGCUUAUCCGUCAUAACGCAGUUUUAAAGGAUAGCAACGUGACCAAAUGUGAAGAAAAUCAACAACAAGUUCUGAACCCAGUCACAUGUAACUGCGGACUAAUGUGCAUCACUAACAUUGAGGAGGGAGAGUCGUGCGACACAUCAUCCCCGGCUAAGUAUCCAACCAAGCUGUGUGGACCAGGUCUGGAGUGUAUUGCUAAAAUACCUUACAAGCCCGAGACAGCUGUCUGCACUAGAAAUGCGGCGAGAAAGUGCAUCAACGAGACACUACAGUACGAGGCUGACCAGGUGGCAGGUACGCUGGGACCAGGACGAUACAAGCCCAACUGUGACGAGUAUGGGAAAUAUGCACCUAGACAGUGCACACCCGGCAGCACGUGUUAUUGCGUCAACGAAAAUGGUGAAAGAUUGUUUGGUGAGGGAUCUGUCUCUGACCAGGACAUGAUCAACUGUGAGUGUUCGGUUUACUGGGAAAAUACAAUAAGUAAAGGAUUAGAACUUGGCAUGAGAUGCUUACCCAAUGGUAACUUUGAUCCCCUGCAGUGCUUCGACAACCACUGCUUCUGCUACGAUCUCUCUACCAGCAGUGUUCAAUCAGGACCCUUCAGUAUCGACAUGCUUAUAUUUAUGUCAUGCUAUAACUCGACAAUCCAUAAAAAGACUACCAAUGCUUGUCAAAGGUGUGGUAGCAUGGGACACCAGGGGUUAAAAUUUUUCUAUAUUAUAGAAGCCCACUGA